AUGUUCCUCGUCAUCGCCGCAGCAAUAGCCGUACCGCUCGUACUCCUCAAACCAUGGGACAAGAACAACAACGAAAACAAUGGUCUCUCGGGAUCAGAAAGCGCCAAACCAGACCUUAUCACGCCAGGCACAACCAUCACCCCUUCGACUGACAACUCUGCUCAGCCCAAUAGUUACACCCCUCCCCUCAACCAACCCUUCGACUAUGCUAACGGAACUGCUAAGAUGCGUGGCGUCAACCUUGGAGGAUGGCUUGUCCUGGAACCUUUUAUCACCCCCUCGCUCUUCGACCCUUACAUCAUGGACGGUGUUGUCGACGAAUGGACCCUUUGUGAGCAUCUCGGUCCGGAUGCAGCCAGGAAACUCCUUGAAGAUCACUAUGCCUCCUGGGUGACCGAAGAUACGUUUGUCCAGAUCAAGAAACUCGGUCUCAAUCACGUCCGUGUUCCCAUUGGAUUCUGGGCUAUGGGGGGCUUGGUCCUGGGAGAGCCCUAUGUCGCCAAUAUCUCCUGGAACUACCUUCUCCGAGCGAUUGAAUGGGCGCGCAAGCAUGGGAUUCGCGUCAUGGUCGAGUUGCAUGGAGCGCCUGGGUCCCAAAACGGAUGGAACCACUCCGGUCGCGUCGGCCAGAUCCGAUGGCUCAAUGGCACUGACGGCGUAUUGAACGCACAGAGGACACUGCCAUAUCUCCAACAGAUGACGGCCUUCUUUUCUGGCUCUGCGUACACUCAUGUGAGCCCUGUCAUGGGUAUACUCAACGAGCCUGCAGGAUUUCUGAUCGGUGGCGAGGCGGUCGUGAACUGGUACAAACAGGCAGUGGCGGCGAUUCGACAGGCAACCGGACUUGGCAAGGGACCUUGGGCUGUCCUGCACGAUGGGUUCCUGAGUGUUGAUGCCUUUAGCGGUUUCAAGGCACAGACUGACCGCCUAAUGAUUGAUUCCCAUCUGUACAUCAUGUUCACCGAGGAUCUGAUGAGUUUAAACCAGACGGCCCAGGUCAAAUUUGCGUGCCAGUCGUGGGGCUCAUUAGCAACAACAAGCACAAAGACAUUCGGUCCAACUAUGGUCGGCGAGUUCUCUGUCGCCGUCAACGAUUGCGCGACGUACUUGAACGGCAUCAAUGUUGGCGCUCGCUGGGACGGAACCUUUGGCAACAGCGCCUACCGACACUCUCCUGACAGCACCUGUGCUGGCAAGAACGACGCGUCGACCUACACAGCCGAGUACAAGACGUUCUUGAAGCAAUUCUUCCUAGCGCAGAUCGAGGCGUUUGAGCAAGGAGCAGGAUGGUUCUAUUGGAACUUCAAGACGGAGAGCAAUCCACUCUGGUCGUACUUUGAUGGUGUUGAAGGUGGAUGGUUGCCAGAGGAUGCCAAUGACCGUGGUCCUGGGUAUUGUACGUCCUUGGGGUAUCCUGUCAACUUGCCCUCGGUUGAUGAGUCUGGGUAG